AUGCCUCUCGCCAGCCGUAACAGCAACCAGAAUAGCCAAAUGGGCUCUGUUCUCCCGAUUGCCGCCCCAGUGUUGGAAUAUAUAUGUCUCUUCACCCACGAUCUGAAAAGAAAACAGAAAAGAUGGCAGGACGGUCGCCUGAAAUUUCAUACGUUCAACAAGCGCAUCAUGGUCUACGAUGAAAGAGGGAAUUUCAUCGGCGAUAUGCACUGGCGGGAAGACUUCGACUUUGGUGAAGGCGAAGAAUUCAACUUGGAGCGCGGAGCCGUCAUAGUCCAAGUAGCCGAGUGUAUCGGUAGCAAGGACCAAGACUUGACUGAGCUCCUCGACAAGAGAGCCAAGGAGGUUGAACAGCGACAUGCUCGCUCUGCCGCAAAUACAACAAACCAGCCUCACCCACCCACACGGCCAUCAGUCCAGCAUCCCCAAGCCCAAUAUCGGCAACGCCAUUUGUCUGACGUCUUCACUACUCCUCGCGGACCACAGGGGAGGGCCGUGAUCCCAACCACAUCGCCAUAUGAAGACCGGGUGAUGGCUCAGCAAUCUUCGAGUCCCCAGGACGAGACUCAAAGGCCCACCAAGAGGAGGAGGAGAGAGGUAUCGCCGCCCAGCAAGUCAGGCUACGCCCAAAAUUUGUUUGGCGCAACUCUCAAUCUAUCGUCUUGGUCGGCGAGCGCCCCGGUUACCAGCGAGCAAUGUCGCAUCUUCGAUAACAUGCGAGUCAGAGAUUCCGGCCACAAGUAA